AUGAGAAAGCCUGGUAAGAGUAGCAGGGAGAGGAAUGCAGAUUUCUGUUCGAAUCACAAUGAUGACGAGGACAAGUAUCUCUUCAAGGUUUUGGUUGGUGAUUUUCGUGAACGAUUGGUCAUACCUGAUAAAUUCGAGCAGCAUUUCAGAGGGCUAAUAGCAAACAGUGUUAAGCUAGAAUCGCGCUGUGGAUACACUUUUGAUGUUGAAGUAGCCAAGAAUUUGGGCAAAGUAGUCCUUCAAACGGGAUGGAAGGAGUUUGUUACUGCCCAUGACUUGAACAUGGGGGACUUAUUGGUAUUAAGAAACUCUAUAUAUCCAGAAGAUCAGAAAUUACAUUGUCAAGGUUACAUCCUCCCACGAAAAACCCGUCUCACCUGUGUGCAGAUGAAGAAACUGAAAGAGAGAGUCCGAGCUAAUAGUUCUACAAUUCCCAUCUAUGGAUGCAUCAUAACGAAGAGCAAUAUUCAUGGAAAAAUGGCUAUGGACAUACCAAGAGUAUAUGCUGAUGUAUAUCUACCAUUUGAGGACCAAACACUGAUGCUUCAAUGCUGUGGCAAGAGUUGGGAAGUGCGGUGUGUAGUUCGGAAUAAACGUAGAACCAAAAGGCUUGUGAAAGGGUGGAAUCAGUUUGCUCGUGACAACAAGUUGCAGCUGGGAGAUCUCUGCCUCUUUGAGCUACUUGAAAAUAUGAAGCACACGAUGAAUGUGCAUAUCAUUCGUGCACUUUUGUAA